AUGAAUGUUAGACGUGUUUACUUAAACACACUUGUGUAUUGCAGCACAUAUAACAACCUCUGGAAUGAAGCUCAUGAGAAACUGGAGGAUCUUCUGCACCAGGAGCUUCCCUCCGAGCCCUUAAAGCCUGAGAAAGACCGUGUGGUGUUCUUCCAGCGCCUCGCCACCCUGUACGUGCACUACAUCAGAAUCUUCAGGCAGCUGGAGGACGCCUACGAUCAGAUGGUCCACCCGCAGAAGAGGAGGCUGAUCCGGGUCGUACUCGACGGCGUGAUCGGACGUGUCAUAGAGCUGAAGAACGAGAUGGUAGCGAAGGAGUACUCCGAGUAUCAUUUCAUGGAUGAUGUCAUCCAGGAUUUGAAAAUGACACCUGAGGAUCUCGAGAUCCCAAUCCCGAAGUACUUCCUUAACGAACGGCGUAAAGUGCUGCAGGAGCGAACCGCAGUUCUGUCCAGGAUACUGGACCAAAAUAAAAAGGAGGAAAAAUCAGAACCUGAGGAGACACGCUUCCUGAGUCGGCAGGAGGCCAUCAGGAUCGUUCAGGUGUCCGAGAGGGCGCGGCAGGGUCGCCUGAGGACAAACAUCAUGCAGGAGAUCCGCAAGGAUGCGGAGAGACAGAGGAAGACGAAAGACAAGGAUCUCGCUCAAGAUGUGUUGGAACAGGCUGCUAUUCAAAUCCAGAAGGUGUGGAAAGGUUUCAUUCAGAGGAAGAGGACGAAGCAGGAGCGUGAAGAGGAGAUGAUUUUCUUGGGCAUGGCCAUGAAGCCUGGUGAGGCUCAGCCAUGCCCCGCUGUAGUCCUGGAGGAAGAGAAGAAAGCGAUGAAGAGGAAGAAGCAGCAGGAGCACGAGGAGGAUUAUCAGAAGGCUCUGAUCUCCGUCUCCGAGAUGCUGCGAGAGACUGAGGGCCCGGACAUGAAGGAAAUGAUGGAGGCUCAGAUUAGACAGUGGUUGAUCGAGUGCCUUGAUGCAACGGGUUCCUUUCCUGAAUAUCCAGAUGUGGAAGAAGGUGGCUCAGCUGUUAUUUUUGCGAAUAAAACACCUGAGCAGCUGAUGGAAGAGCUGGCAGAGAGAGAAGAGGACGAAGACAGCAAAAUGCUGAAAGAGAAAGAACAGCAGAAAGGCAAAGCAGAAGAGGAGGAACAGGAACCCGGACUGACGUUUCUGCCGUCUGCUUUUCUGUCCGAGCUCCAGAACGACCACAAGACGUUUACAGUGGUCUGGCAGGAGCGUGACGAGUUCAAGAACUUCAGCCAAAGACACGACACGGAGCUCGUUAAAGAAGAGAAGAGGAAAGAGCUCGAGGCAGAAAUACGACUACAGGUGGACGAGUUGAUGAGGCAGGAACUCGCUAACUGGAAGUUGGUCAUGGAAGGAGGUAAAGGCAGGAAGGACAAGUCUGGAGGAAAGAAGAAGAAGGGAGCGAAGGGCGGGAAGAAGAAAAAGAAAGAGAAAGACCUAACAGCUGACAGGAGCUUGGAGUCGCUGUAUGAGGAGCUGGUGAAGGAAGGUCUGCUGAAACCAGUGGAUAACGUCAAACUAUGCGACUUCAUAGGAGACUACAGCUACCUCGGCACGACCCUGAGGCAGAGCGACAUCGAGCCCAUGCCUUCAUUAUCCGACGUGCGCCAAGUUAUAUCUCUCUGUGCCGUCUUACCACUGGGCUCCCAGGUGAUCCAUGAGAAAGCCCCUCUCGUAAAGGCCAUGCUCCUGGUGGGGCCUUCAGGAGUGGGGAAGAAGAUGCUCGUCCAUGCUAUCUGUCAGGAAGCAGGAGCUAACCUGUUUGACCUUUCCCCUUUGAACCUGGCGGGGAAGUAUCCAGGCAAGCGUGGGCUCCAGAUGAUGCUGCACAUGGUGUUUAAGGUUGCCAAAUUAAUGCAGCCAUCUGUGGUGUGGAUCGGAGAUACUGAAAAAAUGUUUUAUAAGAAAGUACCAAAGGAUGAGAAAGAGUUAGAUCCAAAGCGGCUAAAGAAAGAUCUGCCGAAAAUCCUGAAAACGAUCAAAGGUCAAGAUCGUGUUCUGAUCGUUGGGACGACAAACAAUCCACUCAAAGCAGACAUCAAGGCUAUGUGUAAGGUUUACACCAAGAUCAUCCUCAUCCCACGGCCGGACUACACCUCGAGGUUUGUCAUGUGGAAGGAACUGAUCCGGAGGAACGGCGGUGUUGUGACCAGCGCCCUGGACCUCAGCUCCUUGGCUAAGAUCUCAGACGGAUACACGCAGGGUCACAUGGUGCAUGUGGUGAAGGAGAUCCUGACGGAGAAGCGAAUUCAGGAGCUCGCGAAAUGCCCGCUGACCACCGAAGAGUUCGUCUCGCCUCUCGCCAAGAUCGACCCUGUGUUCCAGAACGAAGAGGAAGCCCUCAAAAGCUGGUAUGCGAAGACUCCUCUAGGUAAGAAGAGGGCCGCGUUAGCGAUGGACGGAGAGGAAGACGGAGCAGCUAAAGGAGGCAAAGAUGACAAGAAGAAAGGAAAGAAGUAA